CCGGGUGAAGGGUCUGGCGAUUAGUUGCACGUAGAUCUCACGGUUUUUGUUUUUAGCCUAAUAAUCUGUAUUUAAUUGUAUCGUUUAAUCAGUAGUUUGAAUGUUGUCCGCGUUCAACGCGUUCACUUUAGUUUUGAUUUGAAUUCAGCAGCGUAUGCAAAGCUUCCAGGGCUAAACUAACGUUGGGUUUAACAAAUACUUCCAUCCCUUAUCGAGAAUUUAACUGUCGGGAGAUUUUCUUUUCUUAAACUUUAAUUUUUCGAGACUCCGUAGAGCUCUUUGACCUCUAACAUGAUCGCCGGUACCGCGAAGCCGGCGAAUCCGUCGGCACAUGUCGACCCGAAAUCGGCUCCUCUCAAAGAGAUCCCGGAUAUUCUGGUGGACCCGCGCACCAUGAAACGGUACUCGAGGGGACGGUUCCUCGGCAAAGGUGGUUUCGCCAAAUGCUACGAAAUCACGGACACUGAGACGAACCAGGUGUUCGCCGGGAAAAUCGUGCCCAAGUCUCUGAUCCUGAAGCAGCACCAGCGGGAGAAGAUGACCUCCGAAAUCGCCAUUCACAAGAGCCUGAACCACGCCAACGUCGUCGGUUUCCAAGGCUUUUUCGAAGACGACGACUUCGUCUUCGUCGUGCUGGAAAUCUGCAGGAGGAGGUCCCUGUUGGAGCUGCACAAGCGCCGUAAGGCCGUGACGGAACCGGAGGCCCGGUACUACAUGACCCAGCUGCUCAAGGGCGUCCGCUACCUGCACAGCAACAAGGUCAUCCACAGGGACCUGAAGCUGGGCAACAUCUUCCUCAACGACGACAUGGAGGUCAAGAUAGGGGACUUUGGUUUGGCCACUAAGAUCGAGUUUGAUGGCGAGAGGAAGAAGACCCUGUGUGGCACGCCGAACUACAUCGCGCCCGAGGUGCUUUGUAAGAAAGGCCACAGCUAUGAAGUGGACGUCUGGUCGCUCGGGUGCAUAUUGUACACGCUGUUGGUGGGCAAGCCUCCAUUCGAGACCUCGUGUCUGAAGGAGACUUACAAUCGCAUCAAGAAGAACAACUACACCAUCCCCUGGCACAUCAACCCGCUGGCGACGUCGCUCAUCAAGCGGAUGCUGCACGCGGACCCCGCCCAGAGGCCCACCGUCACCGAGCUGCAGGAGGACGAGUACUUCACGACGGGCUACAUCCCGUCGCGCCUGCCCACCACGUGCCUCACCGUGCCGCCGCGCUUCUCCAUCGCGCCGACCACGGCCGCGGAGCUCAACCAGCGACGCCCCCUGACGGACAUUAACAACAAAACCGGGACGGAGAGGGUGGACGCGAAGGACGAGCUGAGAGAUCCUGAGCCGUCAGAGUGCCACCUGAAGGACCUGCUGCAGCAGCUCAACGUCAUCAAUGCCGCCAAGCCCUCGGAGAAGCCCGUCAUCCGCCAAGAAGAGGCCGAGGAUCCCGCCUGUGUUCCCAUCUUCUGGAUCAGCAAGUGGGUCGACUACUCUGACAAAUACGGAUUAGGCUACCAGCUCUGUGACAACAGCGUGGGCGUGCUCUUCAACGAUUACACGCGGCUCAUCAUGUACACCGACGGCGACAGUCUGCAGUACAUCGACAAGGCGGCGGUGGAAUCCUACCUCAGCGUGCGCUCGUUCCCCGCGGUGCACAACAAGAAGAUAACGCUGCUGAAAUACUUCCGCAACUACAUGAGCGAGCACCUGCUGAAGGCCGGCGCCAACAUGGCGCGGCGGGAUGGCGACGAGCUGGCGCGGCUGCCCUACCUCUCCCUCUGGUUCCGCACCAAGAGCGCCAUCGUCCUGCACCUCUCCAACGGCACCGUGCAGAUCAACUUCUUCCAGGAUCACACCAAGCUGAUCCUGUGCCCGCUGAUGGGCGCCGUGACGUACAUCGACGAGAAGCGAGAGUUCCGCACCUACAAGCUCUCCCUGCUGGACGAGUUCGGCUGCUGCAAGGAGCUGGCCAGCCGCAUCCGCUACGCCAAGCUCAUGGUGGAGAAGCUGCUGGAAACCAAGCAUUCUUCCUCGGCACAGUAGCCCGGCUCCAUCACAUCACCACCGUGCUCUUCUUCAAUCAUCGGAGGACUCUUUACACCCUCGCCGUAUUGUAACGAUUCUCGCGUCCUCUCGGCGGCCGUACCACUCCUCCCACUUUGUACAUGAUUGUUCUCUUAAGCCACUGAGUUUUUUUUCUUCUUUGUGUUUGUCCUUUUUCUCACUGCUGUUCUCAAAUUUUUCUUGAUGAAGCUUAUUAUUCCCAUAUGGCCGCAGACAAGUUGACCCUGUGCGUUACAAUGAGACGAGGAGGAAGAGGAGGCCGUUAAGUGUUCAAUUUCACAGAAUUCUCCUCUGCUCGUUCGACUCGUUCACGUUUCAGUCGAGCUUUUUAACCCCGAAGCCGAGUUGGACGGAUGGAAAGAGCUCUCUGGUCUUUGUCUGUCUUUGUCUUUUUUGUAUCCGUGUUGUAUAUUGAGAGGGACCAUGUUAAUACGUCUUCAUCAUGCACCUUCUUCCUGUAGUUGCCUUUUUACUCCUUUUUAUAAGUCUGUUUUUAUAUGUCUUGUGUUUCUCAACAAGAUGUACACACUUGUACAUAACUGCUGAAUACAUGUAAAGAUGAAUUAUUUUACCCCAAGUUUAAAUAAAGAUUCUCUUGAACUUGA